UGAUCUUUGGAUUCAGAAACCAGCAUGCGCGCACUGUAAAACCCAUCGGAAAACACUGUAAAACAAGCGACUACCAAACACCAAAACCAUCGACUGCUUCGCUUAUACAUAGGCAUCCCCAUCCCCAGCUUGAUUCAGUCUUCUGCCAACCUUCUUUCUGCUCUUCCAAGUUAGCUAAGGAGAAGAAAAGAGACAUGAGCACGGUCACUCGUGCAGCUCUGGAUCAGAAGCUGGCCAUGGCCAAGCUCUGUUCCCACGAGGGAGUGGUUGCCGGAGCGAAGGCCGCCGUCGUCGCAACUGUGGCAGCUGCCAUCCCCACUUUGGCUAGCUUUAAGAUUCUCCCAUGGGCGAGAUCCAACCUUAAUCCCACUGCCCAAGCCCUCAUCAUCUCCACAGUCGCAGGAGCUGCCUACUUCAUAGUUGCGGACAAGACGGUGUUGGCAUCAGCCAGGAAGAACUCCUUCGAGGGAGGCAACAUUAACGUGCCCAAGAACCCAUAAUUUGGGAGAGUGUCACCACAUGUUAUUGGUAAAUAGUGAAUCGAUGCCUGUUAAUGGCAGUUCUCUGCCCAUCAGCACUUCAUUUGCAGCAGUGUUCAUAAACACGCCUGCAUCAAAACUAUUCACACUUGUCCAAUCUUGUAUCCUGCACUCGGGACACAUUCUGCAAGCAAUGCAUAUUAUUUUGUGUGA